AUGUCACUGCCAAGAUCAUCGCGAAGACGUUCUUCCGUUGUGGAUGGAGACGAAGAUAUUACAAAAUUACUGCUGGCAGCAAAAACUCAAAAUAUAAUUUCUAAACGUCGUGGAUCGGCUGUUUCUAUAGAUUCUAUUCCACCUAAUUCUAUCAUGAUUGAUGCUACUAUUACUGCUACGAAAACCAUCCCCUCCUCCAGAGAUAAAAUCGCUAUUGAUAUGUUAUCUUCAAAUUCAUCUGAUUUAUCUUUAAAAACGCAUUAUACAUCUCCUAAUCAAUUUCCUGCCAAUGGGGAAGAUACAUUUUCCAAAGUCAAUAAAAAAAAUUUAUCUUUAUCUCAACCGAUUCCUUCGUUCUCACAGCAGCGGCCUUUAAUUCAUUCUGCCAAUUAUGAUAAUCAUAAUCAGUAUAAACUACGAACUGAAUUAUCUUCGAAAAAAUUAUAUCGAUUUUUUGGUGAUAAACCUCCCAUCGAUAUCUGUGUUAAAGAAAUCGAGAGAGAGGGUCUUAAAGCUAUGUUACAUUCCAAAAUUCCUUUAUGCUAUUUCUUAUAUUCAUUGCUCGAAGAAUAUUCCUGCGAAAAUUUGUUCUUCUUUCUCGAAGUAGAACAAUUUGAAUCAUUUGAUUACUCAAAUUUAGCUCAACAAUAUACGAUAGCUCAACACAUAUUUGAUACUUAUUUAACGAGAAACUCUCAAUUUGAAGUUAAUAUUGAUGAUAAAGUUAGAAAAAGUGUUAUAUCAUUUAUUAGAAGUCAACGUGAUCUAAGACGUUGUUUUGAUGAUGCUAAGAGAGCUGUAUUUGUACUAUUAGAGUCUAGCUUUACUAGAUUCAUUAGAAGUAGUACUGCCGAUCUUAUGAAAAAAGAAAUAGGUGAAACGACUACUCAUUAUUCUAUAAAAGCACGUGAUUCCGCAAUAUCUUUGCUCCUUAGUUUUUUCGAUCGUCAAUAUUCUUCAUCGCAGUCAUCGUUGGUUGCUCUGCAUUAUAAAAAUAAAUCAUUCGUUCAUUACAAUUCUCCUUCAAAUCCAUACGUGACUCCUCCUUCUUCAAAUGGCACUUCUCCAAUACCAUCGCCAACUUCAAUGAUCUCUCAUAGACGUAUCGAACUAAUCAAAUCAAUGAUUUAUGAAUUCAUUAGAACUUUAUUAGAGGUUGAAAUUGAAAACUUGGAUAGGUUAAAUAGGACUGGUCAUCAUGAUCCAUCAAAUAGUGGUGUCCCUUGUAACCACUUGGACAAUCUUAAUUUCUUAUCGAAUGAUACUGGUAACUGUUAUGACACGCGUGGGGAUGAUCCGUCGGCACAGUUACGGGUUAUUAAACAUCGUAAAAGUGGUAAAGAACAAUUGAGAAAUGCGUUUAGACGUCGUUGGUAG